AUGGAUCCUUUAGCUGCGGUCAGCGAAGAGCUAGCGGAGAUCGAUGGACAAAUCGCCGACAUUUUUCGAGCUUUAUCAAAUGGAUUCCAGAAACUGGAGAAGGUUAAGGAUGUUAAUCGGCAGAGUAGGCAAUUGGAAGAGCUCACCGACAAGAUGCGCGAGUGUAAGAGGCUCAUCAAAGAGUUUGAUAGAGAAGCGAAGGAAAUGGAGAGUAGAACUGAUGCAAACACCCACAAAAUGCUGAACGAAAAGAAGCAGUCAAUGGUCAAGGAGUUGAAUUCAUACGUUGCCCUUAAGAAGCAACAUCAAAGCAAUCUUGAGAACAACAGACGAGUUGAUCUCUUUGAGGGGCCUAAUGAAGGCUUUGGGGAAGAAAACGUCUUGCUAGCUUCAUCUAUGACAAAUCAACAGCUAAUGGAUAGAGGAAACCAGAUGAUGGAUGAGACUGAUCAAGCCAUUGACAGGGCUAAGAAGGUUGUUCAAGACACUGUUGAUGUUGGAACAGAGACUGCUGCAGCUCUCAAGGCUCAGACUGAACAAAUGAGCAGGAUAGUUAAUGAGCUGGAUUCUAUCCAUUUUUCAAUCAAGAAAGCAUCUAAAUUGGUCAAAGCAAUUGGUAGGCAGGUUGCUACUGAUAAGUGCAUUAUGGCAUUGUUGUUUCUCAUUGUCAUCGGUGUCAUAGUCAUCAUAAUCGUGAAGCUUGUGAAUCCAAACAACAAGGACAUCCGGGAUAUCCCAGGAUUAGCACCACCUGCAAUGAACCGGCGGCUACUUUCGACUCCUAAUUAAAGAGUUAGAACGAACCACCUGAUGAUCUGUCAGGAUUAUUUGCAGCCACAUUGAAUUGAAGAAUUACUAGCUAUAUGCCUGGUGGCUACCAUUGUUGAACUGCUAUGGUUGUGGAGUUGAUUUUAUUUUACGACAGUUUCGGUGAAUCAAUGAAAGAGUUUGGCAGAACUUUCCAUGUGCUAUCCCCACUGUCCUCGCUAUGAUUCAUUGAAUAGCAUUAGCAUUCUUCUUCCUGGAAAUAAGAAAUUGUCGCCGUAGGUGACGGGGAAGCUUAUGUAUUUUAGAGUGUAUUUAUUUGAGUGUAUUGGUUUGUAUCAUACCUUGUAUAAUACAACAGCUGAAUGAUUCUUUAUUUUUUUUACUCUACACAUUGUUCUGAAU